CAGGCCUAGUGCUUUAUCCACUGAAUAUUCCUAACUACAUUGCCUGCAUUAGUGUUUAUAUUGGAAAUAUAUCUUCUUUUUAUUCCCAUUUUAGGCCGAGUAAUAGCUACUUUCCUUUGCUCCGGAGAGAAGGAAGUAGAUUUGGCAGUUCAGAGUGCAAAAGCUGCUUUUAAAAUAUGGAGGAAAAAAUCAGGCAUGGAACGUUCCCGAAUCCUUCUGGAAGCUGCCAGGAUAAUUAGAGAACGGAAGGAUGAAAUAGCAACUGUGGAAACCAUCAACAAUGGAAAAUCUGUCUUUGAGGCUCGAUUAGAUAUUGAUACUUCUUGGCAGUGCUUAGAAUAUUAUGCAGGAUUGGCUGCUUCCAUGGGAGGUGAACAUGUCCAGCUGCCUGGUGGAUCAUUUGGCUACACCAGACGGGAACCUCUUGGAGUAUGUGUUGGAAUUGGAGCAUGGAACUACCCUUUCCAGAUUGCUAGUUGGAAGUCUGCCCCAGCUUUGGCUUGUGGAAAUGCCAUGGUCUUUAAGCCUUCUCCCUUCACGCCUGUGUCAACGUUGCUGUUGGCUGAAAUCUAUACUGAGGCUGGGGUGCCUCCAGGGCUCUUCAAUGUGGUGCAAGGUGGGGCUGCCACAGGCCAGUUUCUAUGCCAGCAUCGGGAUGUGGCUAAAGUUUCGUUCACUGGGAGUGUGCCCACUGGCAAGAAGAUCAUGGAGCUGGCCUCUAAAGGCGUCAAACCUGUCACCCUGGAGCUUGGAGGCAAAUCUCCCCUUAUCAUCUUCUCAGACUGUGAUAUAGAGAAUGCUGUGAGGGGGGCAAUGAUGGCCAACUUCCUUACUCAAGGAGAGGUUUGCUGUAAUGGCACAAGAGUAUUUGUGCAAAGAGAAAUUCUGGAUAAAUUUACAGAGGAAGUAGUAAAACAAACCAAAAAGAUAAAGAUAGGGGACCCUCUUGAGGAAGACACGAGAAUGGGUCCCCUCAUCAAUCGAUCACAUCUGCAACAUGUCCUUGGGUUCAUUGAGCAGGCAAAGAACGAGGGUGCUAAGGUGUUGUGUGGUGGAGACUUGUGUGUUCCAGAGGAUCCCAAACUAAAGGAUGGCUACUAUAUGACACCCUGUGUCCUAGGAAAUUGCAAAGAUGGCAUGACCUGUGUGAAGGAAGAGAUCUUUGGACCAGUGAUGUCCAUUUUGUCCUUUGACACAGAGGCGGAGGUCCUCGAGAGAGCGAAUGACACCAACUUUGGUCUGGCAGCUGGUGUCUUUACCAGGGACAUCCAGCGGGCUCACCGAGUGGUGGCCGAGCUUCAAGCUGGGGUGUGCUACAUUAACAAUUACAAUGUUAGCCCAGUGGAGUUGCCCUUUGGCGGCUAUAAGAUGUCAGGAUUUGGCAGAGAGAACGGCCGGGUGACAAUUGAGUAUUAUUCACAACUAAAGACCAUCUGUGUUGAGAUGGGUGAUGUGGAGUCUGUAUUCUGAUGAGCUGAGGCAAAGAUGCGAAAACAGCAUCAUGUGGUGGAGUCGCGAGAUGAGCAUCUUGACACCAAACGUGACUGAACAUGAACUGGGACUUGGUCCUGUUCAGCCUUUGGAAUUCUGAUCCUUUGGAAGGAGAGGAUUGAGUGACAGUCUUUUCCCAGCCCAGGUUCCCUGUUAAAAACACUUAAUAACAUUUUCUUCAGAUUAACCAAAAGAACUGGGUUUUUUUCCCCACUCUGAAUCUCUUCAUGACCCUAAAGUGCCAACUCUUAGUUCUCUUUAGGAGAGCAGGAUUGCCUAAGACUUCAACAGAUUAACUCCAGCAGUGGUAUUUGAUGCUUCUCUCUAAUCUAUUUUAAAGUUAUUAAGGCAAUAGUUUUGCUUAGUGAUUACUUUUAAUAUAUAUCCCAGUCUCACCCCGUUGUUGGAGAAAGUCAGCUUUGUAAAAAAUAGUCUUCUCUUCUACUUAAUAGAAUUAUUAAAUUGAAGUAUUGAACAGAAUUUUUAGCAUAGUCAUAUUAAAGACUUUGCUUAUUAUCUGAGCCAUUAUGAAAGUUUCUUUGACUUUCUUCUUGAGAUAUCCUCUUCUGGCAAAUCCUUAGUAGAAAGGUUUUUAUAUAGGAGUGAAUCAUUCAGAUUAAGCUGAAGCAAAUGAAUCUCAUUUAGAAUCCCAUUAUAAGAACAUCGAGCUUAACUGAAUUUUAAUAUAUGUACUGAAAAAAAAAAGAGCGAGAAAUAAAAAUUUUAUGAUUUCAGGACCUCAUUGAACCUAUACCUUGGAAGAGAACAUGCAGUGAGAACAAGGAAUUUGCUGUUCUCUGUCUCAGUUCCCACAUUCCUCCCUCUCAGUUUGAUUCAAGAUCACAUCAUCCCCACCCAAUGUGAUUCUAGAAACUCCUCUUCUCUAGACAUGCAGACAGUCUGUUCCUUCUGCUUAGAUCCAGCUAACGGGACAGAUGGCCCUCGGCUUUCCUGGCAUUCCUGGUCUCUGCUGAAUGUUCUUUGUUUUCCUCUUGUAAUGGCAAUAUAGGAAGAAGUGAUCACAGUCUAAUAGAAUCCUACUUCUUUGUGAAACUUGUUCAUGAGCCUUUUUUCCCCCUAAUCAUUGAUUUUCCUGUUUUUGUUUUUGUUCUAUUUGUAUAAAAGUCUCAGUUCAGCUUCUGACCUGAUCAGUAGCUUGACGACUGGUUAUCCAGAAAAAUAAAAUUUACAAGCAGAUAUGAAAUCCAUGUGUUGAGGCAGACAGACUUCUUUUUGCCCAGUUUUAACAUUUUGAAAAUGUAAGGGGAAAGCUCUUUCUGACUUUUCUCCAACUCCCUGAGGAAAGGUCUCAAAGUCCCUGCCUCUGCACACCACGGAAAUGAAUUAGGUUGGGAAGGUAGGGAUGAGUCUGGAGCUAAACCUUCUGAAGGGGAAGGGGAAGGGCAAUGAAAUUAACUCCACUUGGAUUCAUUAUGGAACUAGAUUGAGUGGUAGGUGGCCUCUGUCUGGAGGCUUUUGUUCUCUUGGUUUCCUGCUCUCUUCCUCAUCUGGUUGCUUCUGUUGCUCUUGUUUCAGCAUGGAUCUGGUCACCACAGGUAGAGACUUGGGCCACAGCUACUGCCCUCCCCCUGGUAUUCUAGUUCUCCCAUGGCCUCUCUGCUCAUCACAGUUGGACAUCCCUAAGGUUCUUUGCCAUUUGCCCACAUGAGAAGGGGAACUCUUAUCUCAUGCGUACUGUCUCCUUUAAUAGGCUAUAAACCGUUUGAGAGCAGGAACAAGUGCUUAUUAACUGCAUUUCAUUAAUUAAAAGGAAUACUUCUCUGAGAAGGAUAGAGCUGGAAACAAAGAACAAAAAAUAGGAUAGAAACUACAUCUGUGAUGUCAUUGAUCUAGGGAACAGAAACUCCCUCUACAUGCAGUGCAUUCUUUGCAGUUAGUGUCUUAAAGUUCCCUGGAGCGCUGAGAGAUUGUGACUUUCCCAGUGUCACACAAUCCAUCUAUGUCAGAGAUAGCACUUGAAUUUAGAUUUUACUGGUUUUGAGAGCAUCUCCCUCUCCACUAUUCACACUGCUUCUCAUAAAAAAUUGAAGAAUAUUUGGAAUGAUUUUAAGAAGGAAGAAAUACACAUUCUUUAGUACUGGAACUUACAAAUUGAUUCUUGGAUCUUAUUUUCAAACUUAUUUUUAUAUCUUCAAUAUAUGUAUAUAUUUCUAAAUUAUAGAUGUUUUACUGAAUUGCAUAUUCCACUGCUCUCUUUCCCUGUUGAUGGGAAAUGUCCCUUUCUGAUAUUUCCUCCACAUGUCUGUUUCAGUAGAUGGCACCCAAGCUGAAGACAUCAAUCAGCUCUCUCACCAUCAUUACCCAUGACCAGGCACCAAGUUUAACUCUUUCACUCCAUUUUUAUAUCCCUAACUUUAGUUUCCCUUUUCAGAUCCUUGUUACUGACCACUUGGACUAUUUUGUCUUUUAUAAUCUGGCCCUUCCUUAUUUUACCAGCUUUCAGGGGACUCUCACAUGCUCCCUAAUUUAGCCAAAAUAAGUCUUCAUACGGUUGCUUAUAUAUGAUUCUUCUGCCCCCUAUGCCUGGAAUUUACUCCUUCCCCACAACUCCACAUCUUAGAUUAGAUUUUAACAAAUGAGAAAAAAAACCCAACAAACUAUUGAUAUGAGAAACAUCCCAUAAUCAGCUUUGUACACUUAGACAAUUGACUUGGUAGAACCAAGAUAGAAUAGAAAACAAUAUUAAAUGCAAUUAGCAUUUAAUGACUCACUCCUGAAAUGUUUAAACAAGUUAUUUUCAAAAAAAUGGAUAGCAAACAAUUUCAUCAACAUUAGUUAUGAUUUUUUAUAGAAUUUUUAACAGAUGAAAAUCAAUUGCCAUAAUGUGACCAAAAGAGACAAAAGGAUACCUUAGUCAGCAAACACUUGACAAAUUGAGCAGCUGAAGGUAGCCCUAGUUAGACAUUAAAAAAGUAAUAACUCUUGUAAGGAAGAAUGAUGGAAAUUUAGGGGUUGUUCCUUCCAGAUUACUUGCUGUUUAGUUUCACCAAACUUUCAUUACUUGGUUUUUACUUUAUUUCUUCAUUUUGUUUUAAAAUUCUCAACAAGUCAUCCUGAGGGAACCUAAAGAUAACACCAGAAUGAGGAUAAUGUUAAAGAAAAAUGAAAUGGACUGCAAGGAUUUUCAUAAAUUAUUUCCACCAUUAAAAGAUGUUAUAAUCAUCUCAGUGAAUCUCAUAGUUCUGGAUGUGCUUAUAAAAGACAAAUGUCACUUAAAAAAAAUAAAAUGAAAAAAAGUAGUUGUCUUGUACCAAAUAUAGGGAGAGGAGAACCACACUAGAAUUGUCAAUUGUGAAGACAUUCAAGGAUUAAUCCACAAAAUUAACGGAGGAAGGGGUAAGAUACUUAAAACAUUAGAAAAAAUCUUGAUGUUAUUGAUGCCCUGGAAAGGUAACAGGUGCAAUCAACUACUGAGUGAGAGGUCUCCUUUCCCAUAUGUACACAAUUAUAAGUGAAUUAUCUUGGGACACUAAGAUAAUAGACUUAGUGAGGCUAUUAGUAAGAAACAUGCUGCCUUUUUACAAGCGGUAUUUCAGCGUUCUACAUCUUUACCUUUAUUAGCAGAAAGAUGAGAUAAUUUCACUAUGUUGAUUAUUAAUUGUGAAAAUGUGUUUGAUUUGGUUGAGCAAAAUGCUGUCUUGGAAUUUUUCUUCUACAAGGUGUCUCUCCAUAUAGCAAAAACCAUUCGGGAGUCCUUGAAUGAUAUAAGAUGAUAAUCAGUAACUUCCAGAUCAUAAACAUUAGGCAAGGCAGAGCAUAAAGUAGGAAGAUUUUUGUUGCUGUGAUAAAGGAGAUCCAAUUUGAAAGUCCAAAUUGAAGAAGGGAUUCCCUAUGAUUGAUAAGAUUCUCUAGGUGCUCUUGUGAGCAGGUGAUAUCAAGUUGAUUUCAGCAAGUCUUGAAAUAUUGCAGUGCUUGAAGGAACGUAUUUUGUUAAACUUAAAUUUUGUUUUCAGUUCCAAAUUAUCUUCCACUUCUCUCUUCCUCUAUCCAUUGUGAAGGCCCUCCCCUAUCGCAUUACAAAUAUGUGUAGUCAUGCAAAAUAAAUUUUUGCACUAGCCAUAUUCCUUUUAAAAAAAGGACUAAGAAAGGAAGAAAAGAUGCUUCAGUACUCUUCUCUGGAGUCAAUUUCAUCAUGACUCCUUUGGAAUUGUGGUAGGUCAUUCAUUGUAUUGAUCAGGAGGAGUCUUUCAAUUGAUUCUUAUUGCUGUUACUGUAUAAAUUGUUUUCUUGUUUCUGCUCACUUCACUUUGCAUCAGUUCAUAUGAGACUUCCUAACUUCUUCCUCAAAAAUCCAUCUUUUUAAAUACCAGUAUUAGAUUGGUAGUAUAUACCUGUGAGAUAUGGAAUAUCAGUCUCCUGGAACUAAAAAGGAAUAUUGCAGAAAACAAUGGAGGAUCACAUGCUGAAUGUAAGCAUUCUGCAAAAUAACAAAUAAGGAACUUUAGAAACAACUUGAAUAAAAAGUCAUUAGAGCAAGUAUGCAGAAAAAGAAAAUGAGCUGGCAAAAGCAAGAGGCAACAGAUUGAUGGAUGACCGCUGUGGACCCAGAUGGUCUGAUUACAGGAGAGAGGAAGACCUCUAAGGGAUACUCUGAUGAACUUAAGUUCAUGGGAAGACAUGGAAAAGUUGUAAAGGGAAGAAGGGCACAGAUCUAUUUGGGCAUAGGAGUGAGCAUUAUGUUAUGCCCCUAUUUCAUAUAAACUACUUGUGUAAUGAAAAAUGUCCUAGAUUUGGAAUUAGAGGAUUUGGGCUUGAAUCCUAACUUUGGCAAGUGACUUGACCUGUUAGGCUCAUCUUUAAAAUGAGAGUUAUAGUAUAUGACCAGGGGACUCCUAUCUCUAAAUCCAUGGUCCUGAAUUUCAGCCAAGAAACUCUGUUUCUUGAUUUCAGUUUGUCCUCUUACAUCACAUUGCCUUGGAGCAUGCUGCCCUUAUGUACUCUCUGGGCAAUUAAAACUGGGCUUCUU